AUGGCAAACAAAUUUGGAAUUCGUGGAUUCCCCACAAUCAAAUAUUUCGCACCUGGAUCAGAGCCGAGUGAUGCCGUAGAUUACGACGGUGGUAGGACUACUUCUGACAUUGUAAGCUGGGCAAGUGCUAAAGCUCUUGAAAGUUUACCUGCUCCGGAAGUUGUCCAGGCUACAAACCAGCACAUCGUUGAGGACCAGUGCAAGGAGAGGCAAUUGUGCAUAUUUGCUUUUCUUCCCCACAUCCUGGACUGCCAGUCUAAAUGCCGAAAUGAUUACCUUGCUGUCCUUCGUGAGCUGGGUGACAAAUUCAAGAAGAAUGGAUGGGGAUGGAUCUGGGUCGAGGGUGGAGCUCAGCCUGAGUUGGAAGAAGCCUUUGGUAUUGGAGGUUUUGGAUACCCUGCUAUGGCUGCAAUGAACUACAGAAAGAUGAAAUUUGCUAUGUUGAAGGGUUCAUUUGGUAAGGAGGGCAUCAACGAAUUUUUGCGUGAUCUCAGUUACGGGAAAGGACAAACCGCUCCCGUUAAGGGCGCUACUUUCCCAAAAAUUGUGAAAAUGGAACCAUGGGAUGGCAAAGAUGGUCAGCUUCCGCCUGAAGAAGAUAUUGAUCUUUCCGAUGUUGAUCUUGAUCACACUGAAUUGUAA